CAAAUUAAACAGUUCAAAUUGAGCGUUGGGCUCAAGCGGUGUAAAAUUCAAUUUAAACGUUAAAUUCGGUUAAAAUUAAAGAAAAAUUCUUUUAAACUUAAGAAAAAAAAUUUAAGAAAAUAUUAAAAAAAAGUUUUAUGUUAGAAAAAAAGAGGCCUUUAGCUAGAAAAAAAUGAGUUUUAUUACAAAAUUUUGUUAUUUAAUAAUAAAUUUAACUUUAUUAAUCCAUAUCAAAGGCCAAGAGUUAAAUUUAGUGCCAAAUGAUGAACUAUAUAGUAGAGAUUUUUAUACCGUGCCCACUACUGUGAAAACCUAUGAAAACGAUAAUGUUUUAUUGCCCUGUGGUUACAAGUUGCCUUAUCUCUCGGUACGCUGGUUAAAAGAAGAAGACUUCCUAUUGGAGUCCCCUCGCUCAGAACCUGUUUUUAUGGAACGUUUACAUUUGCUAGCCAAUGGCAGUCUAGAGGUUAUGAAUGUCCAGGCUGAGGAUACGGGCAAAUAUUAUUGUGAAAUUAUCACUAGCACGGGUAAAGCUUUACAGCCCCAUGCCAUAGAAGUACAAUAUGCCCCACGCAUUUCUACCACUCCUAGCGGUUAUAUAGAACUGCCUAUAGGUGCUGUUUUGGAAAUAAUUUGUGAAGCUGAGGGUGUCCCUCAACCCGCCGUCAGUUGGGUUCAUAAUAAUGAGACCAUAAUUGAUUAUUUGGUGGGUAAUCGUCAGAUACAUAUAGUGGAAAUUAAAUCGCGUAAUAUGUCGGGAAAUAUAGAGUGUAUCGGGCAGAAUGGUGUGGGUGGUCAAGCUGUGUCCGAUGGUGUGGAAUUGGUGGUGUUGUUCCCUCCCGAAAUUCGUACUUUACGCAAAAUCUACUAUUCCAAAAUUGGUGGUCGCCUACAACUCGAGUGCUACGUCGAAUCAGCUCCCUUAGCUAAGGUUAAAUGGUUUCAUGCCGGCAAACCCAUUACUUACGGUUCCUUCUUUGGACGCCAAGACAGCGAAGAAUUAUCGCCAAAUCAAACGACAACACAACGUUACUAUUCCGAUAUGAAACAUUCUUUAAUUGUUAAAAAUGCCCGUGAAAUUGAUAUGGGUAUGUAUGAGUGUAGAGCGGAGAACACGAUUGGAGUGCAAAGUGCUUAUAUGGAGGUAACAUUCCGUCCAAUGCCAUGCACUUUUAAGAUUAGCCCUGACAUGCAGAGUCCCACGGCGCAUAUACUGGUGUGGCAAACUGAAAGUUACUCGCCAAUUAUUGAAUUUAAACUUAAAUUUAGACAAGUACCAUCUGACAGCAGUUUUGUAUACUCGACAACAACAACGGUGACAGCGCAAUAUGCCGCUGAAUGGACGGAGCUGACAAUACCCUCUUCGAUAUCAAUAGGUCCCAUUUAUACCACCACCUAUACCCUGCAUGGUUUACAUCCCGCCAGUAUUUAUCAGGUGGUAGUUUUGGCACGUAAUCAUUAUGGCUGGAGUGAUAGCAGUAAAAUUUUACGUUUUGCCACCGGAGGAGAAGUUGAAUUUCCCAAUUAUUCCACUGAAUCGGAUAAAUUUGAUGACGCAAAUGAUGAGAUCCCAAAUUCCGCAGCUAUUGAUGAUAGUAAUGAUCUAAUGAAUAAUAAAACUUUGGAAGAAAUAGCUGAAAAUACUAUAGAUCCCUAUAAAGAUUUAAAAUUAUAUGCCACCAUGACUUUAUAUCCCUCAACUGGCAGUAGGUUUAGCAACAAUUGCGCUUGUUGGGGACAGUAUUUAAGUGCUAUUGUAGUCAUAAUUGCUUAUAAAUUGUAUUUGCAUUGAGAACGUAUUAUUAAGAAGAAUUAAAUAAUAAUAAUAAUAAAAAAUAUUAUUAAAUAAAA